UCACCUUGGGAAGCUUCUCGUCUACCCGACCUUCAGAACGGACAAUGUCCCCUUUGAAACUCAAUGGGACAAGCUGGGAUUGUGUAUCGAGUAUCACUAAAAUCUGAAUUCCAUUACUUUGUAUCGGCCUUUUUCAUCAGGCCCACGUCUUAUUCUCAAAAUAGGCAGAAGAGAGAGACCCUCGAUGAGGGAAAAUUUCACCUGCGCCCAGAGUGAUUCCCGGGCUCCACAUGAUUGUGGCACGGGGAGAAGCGUGACCUCCUAGGUAGCAUCUAGUUCCAUACGAGGCAACGCCAUGGACGAACCAGAUG